AUGAAACCACUCACCAAACAACAGCAAGAGACACAUGAUCAGGCAACUGUUUGUCAUAUUUGUGAAAAAAUAAUUACAACAAAUACCGACAAGUGUUAUGAUCACUGUCAUUUCACUGGUAAUUAUCGCGGUCCAGCACAUAUAUCUUGUAAUGUUAAUUAUCCCAAGUCACAUGUUAUUCCCAUAGUCUUUCACAAUUUAUCAGGCUAUGAUUCACAUUUUUUAAUUAAAAGUUUAGCCACAUUAAUUAAAGGUGAUGUAACUCUGCUACCAAUUAAUAAAGAAAAAUAUAUAUCAUUCACAAAAUCAAUAGAAAAUACUUCAGUAACAUUACGUUUCAUAGACUCAUUCAGAUUUAUGGCAUCCAGCCUUGAAAAAUUAGCUUCAAAUCUUGGUGAUGAUAAAAAGCUUAUAACGAAACAUCACUAUCCCGACCCGGAUGAAUUUAAAUUAGGCAUUGAUAAACUUAAUGACAAGCAAUUGCCUAAUCAAGUAUCAUUUUUUUCAAAAUUAACAAAUGAAAGUAUCUCUGAUGAGGAUUAUUUCUUUGCUCAGCUAGUCUGGAAUAAAUUCAACAUUAAAACACUAGGAGAGUACUCAGAUUUAUAUCUUAAAACUGAUGUACUUCUUCUAGCAGAUGUCUUUGAAAAUUUUAGACGUAGCUGCUUUGAAACUUACAGCUUAGAUCCAUUACACUACUAUACUGCUCCUGGUCUGUCUAAUGAUGCUAUGUUAAAAUAUACUGGUGUGGAACUUCAGCUUUUAACUGAUCCUGAAAUAGUUCUUUUUAUCGAGAAAGGUAUCAGAGGUGGGGUAUCUCAGUGUACAAACCGAUAUGCUGCUGCUAAUAAUCGGUACAUGGGUGAAGACUUUGAUCCAAGCAAAGCUGAAUCAUACUUGAUGUACUAUGAUGUAAAUAAUUUAUACGGCGCAGCUAUGAGUAUGUCACUGCCCGCAGGUUCAUUUGAGUGGGUAGAAAAUGUAGAUGAUGAUGUAAAUAAAUUUUUAAAUGAUAAUGAUGAAAGUGUAGGAUAUAUAUUAGAAGUAGACUUAGAGUAUCCUGAAGACUUACAUGAGCUUCACAAGGACUUGCCCUUGUGUCCUGAGCACUUUGUACCGCCAGGAUCCAAGCACUCGAAAUUAUCAACUACUCUAAAAUUAGCAAAGAAUGAAUUUGAAAAAAAUUUUUAUAAACUAAUGAACAACGCUGUAUUUGGUAAGACCAUGGAAAAUGUAAGAAAGCAUAAAGAUGUACAGUUAAAAACCGAAUGGGAGGGUAGAUAUGGAGUCAAAGAAUUGAUAUGUAAGCCAAAUUUCCAUAGUCUUACCAUGUUUGAUAAAGAUAUGAACUUUAAAAACGACGAGUCGAAAUUAAUGUACACAGACACAGACAGUCUCAUCUAUCAUUUUACUGUACCGGAUAUCUACAAAAUCAUCAAGCGUGAUAUCUCAAAGUUCGACACCUCUGACUACCCUGAAGAUAAUGUAUAUAAUAUGCCAUUAGCUAAUAAAAAAGUCCUGGGUCUAAUGAAGGAUGAAAAUAAUGGUGAAAUCAUGACUGAAUUCACUGGACUCAGGGCUAAAUUAUAUGCAUUUAAAACAUAUAAAAACAAAAAAGCUAAAAAACGUGCAAAGGGAGUCAAGGGUCCUACUUUGAGGACAAUCACAAUAUAA